AUGGAGGCCACAGCUGUUGAGACUCCGUUCCAGCUUCAGCCAGUCAAUCACGUCUCUAACACCAUGGACACUUCGAUGGAUAUUGACAUGGAUCUUGAUUUUGGGCCGGAACCGGAGCCAAUUGAACUGGAAGUUGAGUCCACCACGGCGAACAAUGGCUCAUUCGAAGACUCGAAUCUCCUCAUCUCCAACGAAGAACCCCAGUUCGAGAAAGUUCAUAUCCGCGGCGUCGAUGAACUGGCCACCGACGACAUCAAGCGUUUUGCGAGCGAGCAUUUUCAAAUCGAGGAACCGGCCAGAAUCGAGUGGAUUGAUGAUACUUCUGCGAAUAUCGUAUAUAACUCGCCGGAAGUGGGACUGCAAGCGCUGGCGGCAUUUACUCAGCAGUCGAUGGAGGAAAGUGGUGAUUCGGCAUUGCCUUCGUUACGGCUUCGUACCGCGAAAGCGUUAUCCACGCACCCUGACUCUGUGCUGCAGGUGAGAUCGGCGGUGAAGACGGAUCGCAAGAAAACGUCGGAGCAUAGACGUCGCAAGGGGCUUGAUGAUAAGUUUGAUGAGACCAUGUACGACGACAGUCGGGACGCGAGUCGUGGAUCUAGCCGUGAUGGGAUGCGGGGGAGGCGCAAAGGGGUUGAUGACUUGUUUCCUGAGCAUUCAGAGAAGUCAACGGGACGAUUACGAGAUCGCAGCGCAUCGCCUAUUCGCAAUGCUUUUGAGAAUGGAUCCAGGACCGGUGAUGGGGGUCGGGAAUCGAGCAGGCGUUUCCGAGAUCGGUCCCCGCGACAAAGUAGAGAUAGGAAUGGAUAUUCCCGUCUCAACGCCGGAAAAGAGCUUUUUGGCUCUACAAACGCCUCCAGUGACGAGAGCUCAGGGCGCAGGGAGCUCUUCCCAAACAAAACCGCAGCCAGCUAUCUGAAGAAGGAAUUAUUCCCAAACAAGACCGCUAUCAGCAACCAUCGCCGUUCCGACGCUUUUGACGCUGCAGACGAAACGGCCGAUUUGUUCGCUAAACGCAUCUCCAUACCUCUCGUUGACGGAUCGCACGAUAACGGAGAUGGAGAAAAGGAUAACAGUACCGUCGAGCUCUUCCCUGAUACCAAGCCGAACAAGGGUCUCAAAAUUCGUGGUACAUCUGACGAUCCGGGAUUAUCCAUCCGUGGAAAUGCGGCGAAUGCAAAUAGUGGAAUAGCUAUCAAGGGAACUGCGUCCGUCAGAGAACUGUUCCCGUCUAAAUAUUCCGGCAAUGCAGGAAAAGAGCUGUUUUCUGAUAAGCUUGAAGGAAGAGGUGGCAAACGGAGGAAGGCGGAGGACAUGUUUCUCUGA